AAGCCGCCUGCUGCUUGAUUCUCAAUUCUUCCUUACACAAAACAAAACAAAACAAACAAAAAAGCCCACAGCUUCUGUAGUAAAUUGAUUUCAACCGUCCGAUCAUUCAUCUUGCUAUCAACCUUCACCAAUCCCUACACAGAUCAUCUUCCUCUCUCUCUCUUCUCUUUAUUUUGCUGUUUAUCUCUCCUCUCUCUGGAUUUCUCCGGCGAGCCGUUCUCUUAGGUUGUGGUGGUGUAAAAUCAAAGCUUUAGCAUCCGCAGAAUCUUGUCUGUUGGCAUCUCUGUAAAUGGGCUGCUUCCAAUCAAAGGUAGCAAGAGAAUUCCGUGGACACGAAGACCCUGUCAAGCUUGCCUCCGAGACUGCCUUUAGUGUGAGUGAGGUUGAAGCAUUGUUUGAGCUGUUCAAGAGCAUAAGCAGUUCCGUUGUUGAUGAUGGUUUGAUCAACAAGGAAGAGUUUCAACUUGCCUUGUUCAAGAACCGGAAGAAGGAGAAUCUAUUUGCUAACAGGAUAUUUGAUAUGUUUGAUGUUAAACGAAAAGGAGUGAUUGAUUUCGGCGACUUUGUUAGAUCACUCAAUGUUUUCCAUCCCAAUGCUUCUUUAGAAGACAAAAUAGAUUUUACAUUUAGGCUUUACGACAUGGACUGUACGGGUUUCAUUGAACGACAAGAGGUGAAGCAAAUGUUGAUCGCCCUUCUGUGUGAAUCUGAAAUGAAAUUGGCUGAUGAAACCAUAGAGAUAAUACUAGAUAAGACAUUUGAAGAUGCAGACGUGAAUCAGGAUGGAAAGAUUGAUAAACUGGAGUGGAGCGAUUUUGUAAACAAGAACCCAUCACUACUUAAGAUCAUGACACUCCCAUAUCUCAGGGAUAUAACAACAACGUUUCCGAGCUUUAUCUUUAACUCGGAGGUGGAUGAGAUUGUCACAUGAAGAAACACAAAAUCGUUUUACAAAUGGUUGGACGAACAAAACCAAGUUCCGAGUUGAUCAGUGUAGUCCACAACAGCUGUUUGCAAACACACACAGUAGAUCAUAUCUUUUUUUUUCUUUAUAAUUGUUUCUCUUACAUAGUAAUUUUCAUAUUCUGGGUUCCUAUUUUCUUCUCAGAACAUUUUUGAAAUCCUUGGUUUUUUAGCUUUAAAUAGAGCGUAAAUCACCAAUUCUCUA